UACCCUAUGUUCUGUGACAUCACACUGGUAUCUUCAAACCAGCCAGGGCAGGAAUAUUUAUACUAUAGGAAUUGACGAACACUGUACAUAGGGGCUUUCUUCUCUAGAAAUCCAGUUGUUAAUCAUUUACCAGCACAUCCCUGGAUAAACAGGAGUCAGCUAAGUGGAAGGGGAGAAGGAGGACAAGAAAAGAAAAGUCCAGCAGUGUGGACAGCAUGUGUGAAGGCCCAGAGGACCACCUGCCAGGCACAGAUCCAGAAAGAAACCAGGACCAGCCGUGUCCACAAGGAGCUGUAUGCAGAGGAGACAGGAUGCCUGCAUAGAAAAUAGGGGUGCAGCAUCAGAUGGCUGCUCCCCACCCAGGAUGGAAGAACAAACAGAGAGGAAGCAUCAGGGAAGGGAGAGGCAGAGAAAGCUGACCAGGGUAGGUAGAGAAGGCUUCCCAGGAAGGCGGCAUUCCCAGCAAGCAGGGAUGUUGAUCAGACCUGGGCACUCUGCAGUGAUGAUCAGCAGCUCAAGAGUGGCUCCUGACUAUGAGGGGUCAGCACCAGGCCCACAAGCCCGUCUGUUGCACCAGUGCCUGGGAGGGGCUGUGGACUGCGGACCUGUUUUCUCUGGCUCGACCUCACCCAGAACCAGCGGCAGAAAGGCCAGUUAUGCAACCAUCCUCACCACAGCCUGCCAGCCUCAGAGGCUGGGCCUGGCCGCCAGGCCUGGUAAGGAGACUGCUGUGGCCUGCACAGCACAAGGCAGUCCUGGGCCCCGACUGCCACUUUCCAUGCAGGUGCAAGACGCUCUGCUGACAAAUACCUGGGGAAAGCAGGAGCCGUGUGAGGGAGGUAAAAAUAGCACAGUUGGCAACAGAGAAAGCUUUUCUAAGUCCUCAGGGUCCUAUUAUUCCUUGUCCAUGGGAUACACAUGAGCUGGCACUGAGCAUUCUCUCUUCUCCAAGGCUCAUGCUUAGAACAGGCACAGAGGCCUGGGAGGCCUCUUGCAUCAUGUCAGGAGCUGCACAGUGAUCAGAAGUUAGGGAGAGCGCCUGUUGCAGAGGCUGGAUUUGGAGGAUAGGAUGGGGCUGCCAUCAUAACCCCACAUCCCCAGUGGGUUCUCUCUGGCCACUCCCUCUAUGGCCAGUUCUGUUU